CUUAAGCUCGUGCUAGCUAGAAGAAGAAGGGUACAAGUGAAGUACACUACGUACGUACAAGAGUUGCGCAGAGAGAGAGAGAGAGAUGGCAAGCUUACAAACAAACUAGUGGAGGAAGCAACCACAUCUCAUUGGUUGAUGUGAAGAUGAAGACUCCAACCAACAACACCCUUGAAGGCUUUGAUAUUGAACAUCAGAAGCACCAGAAACCUGGAUGGAGAAAGUUUAUGGCAUAUGUCGGGCCUGGUUUCCUUGUGUCAUUGGCUUAUCUUGACCCUGCCAAUUUGGAAACUGACUUGCAAGCCGGAGCUAACGAUGGAUUUGAGCUACUCUGGGUGAUUCUUAUCGGGUUAAUCUUUGCCCUCAUAAUUCAAUCACUGGCCGCAAAUCUUGGCGUAAGCACCGGAAAACACCUCUCGGAAUUAUGCAAGGUCGAGUACCCAGCAUUUGUGAAGUAUUGCAUCUGGCUAUUGGCAGAAGUAGCUGUUAUAGCAGCAGAUGUUCCAGAAGUUAUUGGAACAGCAUUUGCCUUGAACAUAUUGUUUCACAUACCAGUCUGGGCAGGAGUCCUUCUCACUGGUUUAAGCACUCUCCUUCUUAUUGGCCUUCAGAGAUAUGGGGUGAGGAAGCUGGAAUUUUUGGUAGCAUUUAUGGUGUUCACAAUGGCAGCAUGUUUCUUUGGGGAAAUGAGUUAUGUGAAGCCUCCAACUGAUGGUUUGGUUAAGGGACUGUUUAUUCCUAAGCUCAAUGGCCAAACUGCCACCGGAGACGCCAUUGCCUUACUUGGUUCCUUAAUUAUGCCGCAUAACCUCUUUCUCCAUUCAGCCCUUGUACUCUCCAGGAAGAUACCCAAUUCAGUCCGUGGCAUAAAGGAUGCUUGUCGUUACUUCUUGAUAGAGAGUGGUUUUGCAUUGCUGGUGGCGUUUUUCAUUAAUGUUGCAGUGAUCUCAGUAACAGCAACUAUUUGUUCUGCUGAAGACGUCUCGGAACAAUGCAAUGACAUCAAUCUCAACUCUGCCUCUUUCCUUCUAAAGAACGUCCUGAGGAAAUCAAGUUCAACCAUUUAUGCCAUCGCAUUACUAGCUUCAGGACAGAGCUCCACAAUUACGUGCACGUACGCUGGACAAUUUAUCAUGCAGGGUUUCUUGGAUCUGAAAAUGAAGAGAUGGCAGAGGAACCUAAUGACAAGGUCCAUUUCCAUUGCACCAAGUCUAAUCGUCUCGCUUUUCGGCGGACCAGCGGCAGCUGGCAAUCUAAUCGUAAUUUCAGCGAUGAUACUAUCAUUUGAACUUCCAUUUUCUCUUAUCCCACUCCUUAAAUUCAGUAGCAGUGCCAGCAAGAUGGGACCAUACAAGAGCUCAAUAUAUAUUAUCGUGAUCUCGUGGAUCUUGGGUCUAGGAAUCAUCGGCAUAAACGUUUACUACCUCAGCACAGCAUUCGUUGGGUGGAUGAUCCACAACAAUAUACCUAAAGCUGCAACUGUUUUUAUCGCAAUCCUAGUGUUUCCACUAAUAGUCGUCUACAUAGCCUCAGUGAUAUACUUAAUGGUUCGCAAAGACAGGGUUGUAACAUUCAUCGACACAACAAAAAAUGACCCGGCAGUUCUGGCCCCUAUGGAAGACUCCGACCUUGUUCCUUACAGGGAGGAUUUGGCUGAUAUCCCACUCCCUGAAUAAGGGAAUACUACUGCUAAGGCUGAAAGUGAUGCCAGAAAUUAUCUUCUUUUCAUGAAGCGUGAAGCCCUCAAAUGAAAUUAUGGCCUCAUUUGGUUCCGCAAGAAAGGAGACUUAAAACAUCCGUUCUUGUUGGAUCGAAUUGAGGCAGGGAGUCUAGUUUGUACUUUAUGUUGAAUGUUGCUUAACGUUUCUGUAUGAAUCAUUUCCACGUGUAUAAUAGAUAUCAUGUAUGUUUGUGUGCAUAAUCCAUUAAUUAAGUGCGGUUACUCAUUAAA